CAACGUCCUUCCAAGCCAAAAUUCUCACAUCCUUUCCCCUCUCCGGAAUCAAUCCUAUCAACUCACCUAUUCCGAGGAAAGGUAUACAAAAGAGGGCCUGUGUUUCUUUUCCCUCUAGCCUUUCAUUUCUAUUUUGUUUCUUUAUUUUCCACUCUCGCGGUCGCUUGGCCCUGGAUUUUGGUUUCUCAAAAAAGCUCUGUUUCUCCGCGUUUCGCCGCAGGUCGCACUACCCACAAAACCCGCAAUAUUCCCUGCAGACCUCGCAUGUCGCCACGUAUUGAGCGGUUGAUAGAAGCGACUGGAUAAUUUUCUGCGGAUUUUGCAUCGCAGAUUUUCAUUAUAAACCAAGGUUUAACCGUCCGACAAGAUGGCACCUAAGAAGAAGGGUGGCAGAAAGCAGGAGGACGACUGGGAAGCGGAACUGGGUGAAUCCAUUGCCCCUACAAAUGGAGAGGCUGAUCAGCAGCCGGCGGAGGAUGCGCCCAAGGAAGAGGAAUCUGCAGGUGGCGGUGGUCUCCUGGCUGCUCUGAAAAAGAACAAGACCAAGAAGGCCAAGAAGGGAAAGCCAGAGAACGAUUGGGUCGAGGGUGAGGAUCCCACGCAGGAUGCCAACGGUGCCGUCGACCUUGCCAGCAAGGAGCCCGAGGAAGGGAAUUUCGACGACGACGAUGUUUUCGCUGGAAAUGCGAAGCCCAAAACCCCUGCGAAGCCUGCGGGCAAGGCUGCCAAGGAGGCUCCCAAGGCCGCCACUGAGGAACUAAAGGUGAAGUCCAAGAAGGAAAAGGAAAAGGAAAAGAAGGAGCGUGAAAAGCAGCGGAAAAAGGAACAGGCUGCUAAGAAGAAAGCUGCCGGUCCUGCGGCUAAGGCCGAACCCGAAAAGCCUGUCGCGGAGGAGAAGAAAGAAGCUACUCCUGCUGCUGCCCCUGCAGCUGCAGCCGCUCCAGAGCCCGCCAAGAAGAGGAAGGUCCCAGCGGCGCUGGCUGCUCUUCAGAAACAACAGGAGCUCUUGAGAAAGCAGCAGGAGGAUGAGGCCCGCCGUCUGGCCGAGGAGAAGGCCCUCGAGGAGGAGAGGCUCAGGAUUGAGGCAGAGGAAGAGCGAAAGAGAGAAGAAGCUCGUCAGCGCAAGAAGGAGAAGGAGAAGGAGAGGAAGGAGCAGCUCAGAAGGGAAGGAAAGCUUCUCACAAAGGCCCAGAAGGAGGCCAAGGAGCGCAAUGAGCUGCGUAUGAGGCAGAUGCUUGAGGCUGGUGUGGGCAAAGUUGCUGGCUUGGAAGAGAAGACGGCUGAAGAGAAGAAGAAGCCUGUCUUUGACAAUAAGAAGAAGAAGAAGGGCCCCAAGAAGCAGGAGGACGACCUCGAGGCUGCCGCUGCCAGAGCAAAGGCCCAGCGGGAAGCCAAGGAGGCCGAGGAAGCAGAACGAAAGAGGAAAGAAGAAGAGGCAAAGGCCAAGGCAGAGGCUGAAGCUGCUGCUGCUGCUGCCCAGGACGAAAGUGAGGUCGAGGACUGGGAGAAGGCAGCUGAUGCAGAAGAUGAAGUCAAGGACAGCUGGGACGCCGAGUCUGACGAGGAGAAAGAAGCCAAAGAGAAGCCCACAACCAAUGGAGAAGCCAAGGAGAAGCCAGCUGCCAAACCGUCAGACGAGUCCGAGUCCGAGUCUGAAACCGAGUCUGAAUCCGAUGAGGAGCAGACUGCCACCCAGAAAGCCGCUGCGCAGAGAAAGGCUGAAGCCGCUGAGCGGAGAAGGAAGCAGCACGAAGAAGCGAUGGCCGCUCGAUCCAAGGACAACCUGCGCUCGCCCAUUUGCUGUAUUCUGGGACACGUCGAUACUGGAAAGACCAAGCUGCUGGACAAGAUUCGACAGACCAAUGUGCAGGAGGGCGAAGCUGGUGGUAUCACGCAGCAGAUCGGUGCCACUUACUUCCCAGUCGAAGCUCUGCGUCAAAAGACCGCUGUCGUCAACAAGGAUGGCAAGUUUGAAUUCAAGGUCCCUGGUCUGUUGAUCAUUGAUACGCCUGGUCACGAGUCCUUCUCCAACCUGCGUUCCAGAGGUUCCUCGCUCUGUAACAUUGCUAUCCUGGUUGUCGAUAUCAUGCACGGAUUGGAGCCGCAGACACUCGAGUCGAUGAGACUUCUGCGACAGCGCAAGACUCCCUUCAUUGUCGCGCUGAACAAGAUUGAUCGUCUGUACGGUUGGAAGAAGAUUGAUAACAAUGGUUUCCAGGAGAGUUUGGCCAUGCAGAACAAGGGUGUGCAGAACGAGUUCCGCACGCGUCUCGAGCAGAUCAAGCUUGCCUUUGCCGAGCAGGGUUUCAACUCGGAGCUCUUCUACGAGAACAAGUCACUGUCUCGUAACGUGUCACUGGUUCCGACCUCUGCACACACCGGAGAGGGUAUUCCUGACAUGCUGAAGCUUCUCACGAUGCUGACCCAGGAGCGUAUGACCGGUGCUCUGAUGUACCUGUCCGAGGUCGAGUGUACCGUUCUUGAGGUCAAGGUCAUCGAAGGUCUUGGUACCACCAUUGAUGUCGUUCUAUCAAACGGUAUUCUGCGGGAAGGUGAUCGGAUAGUGCUGUGUGGUAUAAACGGACCUAUAGCGACAAAUAUCCGAGCGUUGUUGACGCCUGCACCGCUGAAGGAGCUUCGUCUGAAGUCGCAGUAUGUCCACAACAAGGAAGUAAAGGCAGCUCUCGGUGUCAAGAUCGCGGCCAACGAUCUAGAACAUGCUAUUGCUGGUUCUCGUCUUCUCGUCGUUGGACCUGAUGAUGACGAAGAAGACCUCGAGGAGGAGGUCAUGUCCGAUCUGGAGAACCUACUCACCAAGGUUUCUACGGACAACCGCGGUGUCACUGUCCAGGCUUCUACUCUUGGUUCCCUUGAGGCUCUGCUCGAGUUCCUCAAGGUUUCGAAGAUCCCCGUCUGCAACAUCUCCAUCGGUCCCGUCUAUAAGCGUGAUGUCAUGCUUGCAGGCACCAUGCUCGACAAGGCUCCUGAAUAUGCAGUCAUGCUAUGUUUCGACGUGAAGGUAGACAAGGAAGCACAGGCCUACGCCGACGAGAUCGGUGUCAAGAUCUUCACAGCUGAUAUCAUUUACCACCUAUUCGAUGACUUUACAAAGCACAUGGCAGAUAUCACCGAGAAGAGAAAGGAGGAAAGCAAGAUGCUUGCCGUCUUCCCUUGUGUCCUCAAGACUCUUGCUGUGUUCAACAAGAAGGAUCCGAUCGUCAUUGGUGUUGAUGUCGUCGAAGGAAGCUUGCGAACAUUGACGCCAAUUGCGGCUGUUCGGACUAACGCUGCCGGUGCCAAGGAGAUUGUCCCUCUCGGCAGAGUUGUGUCAAUCGAGCGUGAGCACAAGCAGAUCCAGCUGUGUAAGAAGGGCCAGCCCGCGGUGGCCGUGAAGAUAGAGGCAGCGAACCAGCCCAUGUACGGACGUCAACUAGACGAGGCGGAUACUCUCUACUCGCAGAUCUCCCGUGCCAGUAUCGAUACUUUGAAGGAGUUCUACCGUCCGGAUGUCUCUAUGGAGGAGUGGGCACUCAUCAAGAAGAUGAAGCCCCUCUUCGAUAUCCCAUGAUCGGGUUCACUCUAAC